AUGAAAUCUGACCUACCAAGAGCUUAUCCAACUUAUAAUUGUCUUCCUCCUGAUGUAAAAACGCGAUGGUUCAGAGCAUUUGCGAAAAAAAUUGAUUGGGAACCAAGUAUUACUGAGACAGUAAAGGUUCUUUAUGAGAAAAAGGCUCAGAAAACUUUCUCAAGCAACUUGUGUGCUUGGAAAGAUAAAUGGAAAUUGAAUAAAGAUCCUCCUGAUUGGGUAUCAGAAAUAGCUUGGGAGGGUUGCGUUUUGUUGUGGCAGGAUGACAAGGUUGAAGCAAAAUCUUCAAGAAAUUCUACCAACAGGAGAAGUGAACGUGGUUGUUACGGCAUCGCAAUACACAACACAGGGGCAACAUCUUUCAAAACGCGCAAAGAAGAAAUGAUCACUGAAAAUGGAGGGGAAGAGCCUGGUAUGCUAGCAUUCCUUGAAGAUGCCCACCGAAAUCGCAAGUCUGGUGACAUUUGUGACAAGAAGGUGAAGCGUAUUGUGGAGACGGUCAAAGAGAAAAUAACUGAUCAGCUAACUCAAGGUGGAUCAACUGAUAAAACCAUCUUACCAAAGCAGAGAUCUAACACUCUCAUUUUAAAGGAAAUUCCUGUAAUUAAAGGUCACCGUUUUGGGUUUGGAACACUACCAGACCCAGGAUAA